ACUCAAUGAAUGCACUUUACGUGUUUGUAAUAAUGUUUCUUCUAAACAUGUAUAUGAGUUGUAAGAAACCAAAAGAGAGAAAGAAGAACUUGAAUUGCAUUGAACACUAGAAGAUUGUUCAUACUACUUCGCUCAAAGUUGGGAAUACGAACUUGAACUGAAGUGUGCACUACAUAUUGGAGAAAGAAGAUUAAUUGUUCAUUCAACUUGAGCUUGCAUUGAAAGUGGUGAAAAUAAAAAUAAGAUGGCUAGUUUUCUGAGUGAUUACGCGAAGAAAAAUGUGGAGAAAUUGAUAGAUGGAGCGCUCAAAGAAUUACGAUAUAUAUGUUGUUUCACUUGCAUUGCUAAGGAAUUUGAAGAAAAGAAAGUUAGGUUGGAAGCAGAAAGGACAAGUGUUGGGCAACGUGUUCAAGUUGCAAAAAGAAGAGGUGAAGAUGUUCAAGCUACUGCUCUUUUUUGGGAAGAUGAAGCUGAUAAGAUCAUUCAAGAAGACACCAAAACAAAACAAAAAUGCUUUUUUGGAUUAUGUCCUGAUUGCAUUUGGCUAUACAAAAGGGGAAAGGAAUUGGAAAUUAAGAAAGAGCAAAUAAGUUUUUUUAUGGAAACUGGAAAGGAACUUGCAAUAGGUCUCCCUGCUCCUCUUCCAGAUGUUGAACGAUAUUCAUCUCGACACUAUAUUUCUUUUAAAAGUAGAGAAUCGAAAUAUAAUGAGCUUUUGGAUGCACUGAAAGAUGAAAACAAUUAUAUAAUAGGGUUGCAAGGGAUGGGGGGAACAGGAAAAACUACAUUGUCCAAAGAAGUGGGUAAGAUACUUAAGCAAUCCAGACAAUUUACGUGCAUUAUUGUUACGACAGUGUCAUUUUCUCCUGAUAUUAAAAAGAUUCAAGAUGAUAUUGCUGGGCCCUUGGGAUUGAAGUUUGAUGACUGUAGUGAAUCAGACCGACCUAAAAAACUAUGGAAAAGAUUAACAAAUGGUGAAAAGAUUCUUGUAAUACUUGAUGAUGUUUGGGGAGAUAUUGAUUUUGAAGAAAUAGGGAUUCCAUAUAGUGACAAUCACAAAGGUUGUAGAGUUCUUGUAACCACGCGCAAUGUGGAGGUAUGCAACACAUUAGGAUGCAGUAAGACAAUCAGAUUGGAGCUCUUGUCUUCAGAUGAUGCAUGGGAAAUGUUCAAACGACAUGCUGGUCUGACUGAAACUUCAACUAGAAGUUUGCUAGACAAGGGUCGUAAAAUUGCAGACGAAUGCAAAGGAUUACCAAUUGCAAUUGCUGUUAUCGCAAGUAGUUUGAGGGGAAAACAACAUCGGGAAGAAUGGGAUUUUGCCUUAAAAUCCUUGCAGAAAUAUGCUUCAAUGCAUGAUAUUGAUGAUGAUGAUGAUGAUUUGGUUAAAAUAUAUGAACGCUUGAAGUUUAGCUAUGAUAAUAUGAACGAUGGAAAGGCAAAGAGACUAUUCCUGUUGUGUUCUGUAUUUCGAGAAGAUGAAGAAAUUCCUACUGAAAGUUUAAUCAGACUUGGCAUAGGAGCUGGCCUUUUCGGGGAAGAUUAUGGCAGCUACGAAGAUGCUCGAAGUCAAGUAGUUAUAUCCAAAAAUAAACUCCUAGAUUCUUGUUUAUUGUUGGAGGUCGAUGAUGAUAGAGUGAAAAUGCAUGACUUGGUUCGUGAUGCAGCCCAAUGGAUAGCAAACAAAGAGAUUCAAACAGUAAAGUUGUAUGAUAAAAAUAAAAAAAGAAUGGUUGAAAGGGAGAAGAGUAUUAAAUAUUUGUUAUGCGAAGGAAAGCUAAAAGACGUGAUAUUGUGCAAGCUUGAGAGUUCAAAGCUCCAAAUUCUAAUUGUCAAUAUCGACAGUGAUGAUGAUGAUAGGCACAAGGAGAAAAUCGAAGUCCCAAAUUCAUUUUUUAAAAAUAUUAGUGGCCUUCGUGUUUUUCAUUUCUCUAGUUAUAUUUAUCCAACAAAUCUAUCAUUACCUCACUCAAUUCAGUUGUUGAAGAAUAUUCGAUCUCUUCUUUUUCAUGGUUUUGAUUUAGGUGAUAUCUCUAUUUUGGGAAAUCUGCAAAGUCUUGAGACACUUGAUUUGGGAAUGUGUGAAAUUAAUGAAUUUCCAGAAGGAAUGGCAAAACUACCGAAUCUUAGAUUAUUGAGUUUGAGAUUUUGUGAAAUUAGAAGGAAUAAUCCAUUUAAAGUGAUUGAAGGAUGCUCCUCACUUGAAGAGUUGUAUUUCAUAACCAGUUUUAAUGAUUGUUGCCGAGAAAUAUCCUUCCCACUGUUACAAAGAUUUAUAGUGGAUGAUGGGUAUACAAAUGAGAAUGUGUCAGUAUCAAAAUAUUUGUCUCUUUUAGACAAAAAAGAUAAAUAUUUACUCCCCAAAAAACAAUUCAAGGACUGUAUACAAGCAGUAGAGGUUCUUAGACUAACAGAUGGAAUCUGGUGGGAAUGGGUAAAUAUCAUACCGGAAAUUGUUCCUAUGGAUUAUGGUAUGAAUGAUCUAGUCGAGCUUAAAUUGAGUUGCAUUCCAAAGCUUAAGUGUCUCAUUGACACUAAGCAUGGUAAUUCUCAAGUAACAACUGUGUUCUCCAAAUUAGUUAUACUACAUUUGGAUGAAAUGGAAAGUUUGGUAGAAUUGUGCAAUGGUCCCCUUUCCUUUGAUUCUCUCAAGAGUUUAGAGGAGCUGACCAUCAUCAGCUGCGAUCAAUUGCAAAGCUUAUUCACGUGCAGCCUAAACCUCUUCAAUUUGAAGACAUUGUUAUUGCUACAAUGUCCGAUGUUGAUCUUCUCCCUAUUUCAACUGACUACGUCUGGUAGCCUAGUGUCAUUGGAGGUAUUGAGAAUAACUGGCUGCAAACAUCUCGAAUACAUAAUAAUAGAUGAAAGAAAAGUGAAGGAAUCGAGAGGAGAAAUAGUUGCUGCUGAUGAUGAUAAUGAUCGCAAGAUGAGUCAAGACUCAAUAUUUCCAAAACUGAAACAUCUAUAUAUUGAACACUGCCAUGGAUUAAAAUUUAUAUUUUCAAUUCAGGAUCUUCCGGCACUGGAUUUUUUCUCAAUAUCUGAUUGUGAGAAGCUGCAAUCCAUAUUUGGCCAUGAUUCAAUAAAUAAUUUUCUAAAAUGUGAUGUUACCACGCCUUCUCCCAUUUCUAGAGAUGCUUCCAAGCCAGGAAAACAAUUAGAACCUUUGAAAUGCAGUACCUUUUCAUGGACCAAUAUAUGUUGCUUUGGUAAAAAAUCAAGGACUACUGAAGAUCAACAGCAGGAUCUGCCUUCGAAGACUACCAGCCUUUUGGAGAAUUCAAUUUCCCUCAAUUACCUUACAGUGAUAAAAAUCAGGCGAUGUAAAAAAUUGGAAAUUGUGUUUUCCACAUCUAUAUUAAGAUGCCUACCACAAUUGGUUGCUCUAAGAAUAGUAGAAUGCAAAGAGUUGAAGCAUAUUAUUGAAGAUGAUUUGGAGAAUGACAAAUCCAUAAAUUUUGAGUCUACAAACACAUACUUUCCAAAGCUAGAAAUACUUAUUGUAGGAAACUGCAACAAACUCAAAUGUGUCUUUCCGACUUCCGUAUGUAAAAAGCUUCCAAAGCUAAAAGUUCUGAUAAUAAGAGAAGCAUAUGGGCUGCAACAAAUAUUCAAAACCGAAGGUGAUGAUCAGAAACUCGAGAUUCCAAAUCUGGGAGUUGUAUCAUUUAUCAAUCUGCCAAACCUCUCCGAUGCUCAAAAAGUGCACUUUGAGGCCGUAAAUUAUCGAUUUCUACAUAGUUGUCAUAAACUGUCUCUGACUUCAGCAUCAAAAUCCGACACCAUUGAUAACAUUAUUGAUCCUUUGUUCGACAUAGAUUCUGAUAUCUAUAUGGAACUCAUGGUUCUAUUGCAAUCGCAACCAUUAAAAGAAGCGUACAAAGGCCACCACACCUGGAAUCAAAGUCCUACUUCAGAAAUCACUAGAGAAUUUGCAGAUGGGGUUGGGAUUGAAGCGGAAGCAGCAUUAGGACACAUAUUGACUUCUCCACAGUUACAGAUGUUAUUGAAUGAACAAUCAAUGGAUCAACAACUAUUGACGAACAAACAACAUUCACUUGGAGAAACUGAAACGACCAAUAAACCUCAGUUGGAUGGUUCUGUCACGCCGCCAGAAAAAACUUUAGCAGCAAAUUCUUCUAUCAUUUCAGAAACAAAGAAGGAGCAACCUAUACAAUUACUUGGUCCUAAACAAAUGGAAGAUGUUGAUUGCCAAAUAGCCACAACCUCUUUGUCCAGUGUCACUACGGAAAACAAUGAUGAAGGUGAAGAGUCUUUGAAUAUAUUUUUAGAGACCAAUGAUGAAGGUGAAGACUCUUUGAUUAAACUUUCAGAGACCAAUGAUGAAGUUUCAGAAGACUCUUCUCAAAUAGAUGAAAAUUUAAGUGAGCUGGAGCAACUAGCUUCGAAGAAGCAUUUGAAUGAUGAGAACUUGUGUUUGUUGAAUGAUUUCCUUGCAAAGCACCCUUGUGUUCGUUUAAGAGAUACUUCACUUAGUAAUAGAUACAAGGGCUAUGCCUACAACUUACUUGCUGAGCUAUUGAAAUUCCUCCAAAGGCAUAGUCUGGUCGAUGUAUUGGGCUCAAGCCGCUCUGAACUUUUCGAGUUAUUACAAGAUGUGCGCAGCUUUGCUUUUGAUAAGGAUUGGUUGGAUGGUGUCGAAAGGCGUAUAAUUCAACAAGAGGGGGUUUUAAAUGCCCCUAUUGGCUAUUAGACUUAUAUUCCUCCAAUGAGGGUGUCUAAUGAGCAUUUGAUUUGAUUUCGUCUAGAAUUAUAGAAGAUUUGAUUAUGAUUUGUUAUUCCACAAUAAUCUCAAAGAUAUAUUUGUUAUUAAUUCAGAUUCAAACUUAAAUCUUCAUUUAAAUUGAUUUGAUCUUCAAACAAAUGUCAGACAAAUCACAUAAAUAUUGUUAAACAAUCUGCAACAAAUAUAUGAUUGAAUCUCAAUCA